CACCGACGAGGAAUUUCUCCCACGUGUUCUGAAGCCGCAAUUUCUUGAAACUUAAAAGAAUCCCGAAAAAGUGCAUCCCGAAAUAGUGCGAGCGUUUAUUGCAGUGAUAAGGAAGGAUUGUUUACUGCAGCGAAAAUGGAGGAUAGCUAUGGACCGGAGGAAAUGCAGCAGGAGCAACAGGAGCAACAGGAGCAACAAGAGCAACAGGAGGGAGAGCAGGUCACGAUCGAGGGACCCACGCCGAAGGUGACCUCCGCCACUCCCCCGCCCGCUCCCCUGCGGAACAACCAAAAAAGAAGCAAAAACCGCGGCCGCCGCAGCGGCGUCCGCGUCCGCAAACAACGGAAGGCGCGGCAGAAAAGGGAGAAAAGGGAGCAGGCAGCAAGAUUGAAAGCUAUAAAUUUUACCGAAGUUGAAUUGUUUCUGCACUAA